AUGUCUGGCGGUGACGAACAGGCUUUUGGUGUUCGGGAUCGUGAGCCGCUCCCGUUUGGGCGACAAUCCUUUGGCCACUCUUUAGACUCGCCGACCGUACCUUUCAACCCAGCACCUUCGACCACGUAUUCUCCGACUUUCAGUGACCCGCAUUCUUCCAAUCAUUUGACCGAGUCGCAUAGAGGGCAGUCUCCAGACCCUGCCGACUAUUACCGCCGUGGGGCCUUGGCAACGUCCAAUGUUAGCGAAGGGUUCAGCGAUGUGACAACAGGCAUGGCUGCGGCCGACUAUCCACAAAUGGGUGACAAAGUGUCACCGCUGCCAACAAAUGUUCUGGAGUCAUCGCGUGCCCGGCGACAAACAUACCGUUCAGCAUCAGACUCCUCAAGCUUAGGCCCAUCCGACAUAGCUUCACGACCAGGUCCCAGAUCCCGCCAGGCUUCGUUCAAAGAUUUGAUCAACAAGUUCAACAAUACCUCCGACCAGGUUCUCCCCCGACCCUCCGCAUCUCGUUCGACCUCUCGAGCAGCGAGUCCUUCUGGCAGUAGUGUUGAAGACACUGACCGACCUCGUAUCCUGUCUCGCCAUCGUCACCUUCGCGAUUCUUCGCCAGCAUCUAUCACCAGUUAUCCUCGUGCAUUAGAUUCCAUACCUUCAUCACCAGAAGUCGGGAAGUUUGUUCCGGCACCUCUCCGCACGAACGCAAUUCCGCCGCCUUUGUUUCAACGGAUACAAGAGUCGCAUCCUCGGCGGCCUUUGUGUGGUGAAGUGUUGUCGAUCAACACUCAGGUCAACAACACUGGCCUUGGAAUUCCAUCGCACUUGCGACGUCGUGGGUCUGAUGGAAGUAUCCCAAGCCCAAAUCCAGCUUUCAUCGACCAAGCCGAAUACUCUGCAAAGUCACCAUUGACCCCUACUGCGUGGUAUCUUGGACACACGACUUCUUUAGAGGCAGUCCACGGUGGAGUAAGCAGUGGAAAACACCGCAGAGUACGAAGUGAUUUGGAUAGAAAUCCUUCACGAGAACCCCUUGCCGAGCCUUGGGAACCUGAAAUGGCAGUUCGUGCGCCCUUGCAGCGGUCAAAGGCCGGUGAGAGUCCCCCGGACAGUCCAAAUUCCAAGUCUCGCAUUCCUGUCUCCUCGCACCGUCUUGUCACUGCUUCCGGCCCGGACGCCCUAUCGCCCACCUCGAACCCGACAUUCAGCAGCCGAUCUGCUGCCAUUACCGUCCCGCCCAAGGGCAUCAGCCGCCUUCCUAUUGCGUCACCAAAACAAAGCCCAUCCCGCAUGCCACAGGAUGAUCCCGCCUCGUUUGCGAUAGCCUCGCAUGGCAGACGAGACCUGGCAGUUGGCCGAACCCGCAAUCAAUUAUCCGAAUCCAGUCGACGACUUCAGGCAUACAUCGCUGCUCCUCCGCCCAAAAAAUCACCUCCUUUGCGUAGCUCGCGACCCCGACAACCCGUCUCACAUGGUGCCUCGGUCUCUCCACGCUCGAGAGUUGGUAGUACACUUUCGUCAUUACAAAAGCAAGUCGAGCAUAACGGCCCGCGCUCUCGGCCUCGGCAACGCAGAAUCCCUGAGUUUGGUAAUGUCGAUCUUGAAACUCGCCGCCAGCGCAUCCAACAGGCUUUCAAUCGGACGGUCCAGGAGAAUGAACGAAAGGAAGAAGCUGCAGCAGAGCUUCGACGCCGCGCUUUGGUUCGAGACCGAAAGGCAAAUGAAGCUUCCAAGACACCAACAGAAGAACCUUUAACUACACCCAUUCCACCUGUGGCCAAUCCUCCAAUACCCGAAGAUAUGGCUACUGUAGUCAAAGAAUCGACCACUCCGGUCGUCUUCAAGGAAAACGGUGCGCAAGGAAUUCCGAAGCUACAUCUCAAUACUUCGCUCCCGGCAUCAGACAUCGCGGCACCACAUACGACAAUGGACUCUCCCACUCUUGGUCUGCCGCAGGGAGUAAACAACAAGGGCCCGUCUAUGGGAGACGAGCUGCAGCCUUCCGAGGAUAUAGCUCCAUGCUCAGCUGUCACAACCGAUUCCAACGAUACCCACGUUACCACGUUCGACCCGGAGCCGCAGUCUGGGCUUCUCCAGAGGAACCCCAGCUUAUCUCACCGGACUAUCUUGAAUCAGAUUAUGCAAAUCCGCGAAUCUAGCCCAAGCGACGACUCAUGCGAUGAACCGGAUUGCAGUAUGUCGGAAACCGAUGACAAGGAGUCUAUUCAAAUUAUGCUCGGAGAUACGAAAACCUACUACAAUUCAUCAAGUAGUACCGACACCCAAGAGCCUCAGCAUACAUCAAUGCAACAGGCAUCGGCCAUGAACCAGCCUCAGAACAGAUGGAGUAUGAGUUCAUGGUCCUCUUCUGUACAAAAUCAGCAUUCCACCUGUGACGAGCAGUAUGAUGAAAGCUGUGACGAUAGUAUUAUUGCAGGCCGUGACACAGAGCCCCCAACUGAAACUUGUUCAGUUGUCUCAACCAGACCAGCCUCCAUCGCCGACGAUGAAUAUUCGUCACCUCUUCAGGAUUACGGUGUAACAGGACCGAGCACUCUUCAGGCAUCAGAGUCGCAUACAGCCGGUAAUGCAUUCUCUACGCCACCCAACUUGGCUCGGCUCGGUAGAUGGGAUUCGAAGCGUGUUACGCAGCUCUACCUUGAAGAGUUGACUCGAGGCACAGGUCACAAUAUCCCCGUGCCUACGGUUCGUAUCUCGCCCGAGCCUCGAACUCAUCCUAUGGAUAUGCGUGGGCAUGGGCGAGCCAAUAGUCUCACUGAUGAUCCAGUCGUCGUUCCAGGAUUCCAGGACGUCCCUGCGGAUAGACUGUCUCAUACGGCUAGUCUGGUUGGGCGUGAUGACUGGGAGCAUGCAUCUCCUUCCAUUAUGGACUGGAUGCAGAUCGCUGCUGAUGAUGAACACGCUGCUACUGCAAAUAAACCCGACGGCAUUGAUACCGAAGACAUGCUAACACCCAGGUUGGUGCCUUCGACACUGGACGCUGGGGCCUCGGGCGGCCCGAACGACGGUCCCAAGACUGUUGACACCCAUGUUCCCAGGGAGCAGACAUCCCAAGCUCAUCUCCCAACUUCAUCCAUGAACCCGUCGAUGACGAUGGCUCAAGUAAAGUUUGAGGAAAGGCCAGCAAGCGAACUUCCAGCCGUUCCUCUAAGCAAUAUGAAAGCCGAAACCAACCAGUCUGCUCCUGCUAUUAUGAGACAUAGCCCGGGAAGUAGCGAAAACUCUUCGCUGCUGCGUCACAAUGAGGGUCAAUCCCCUCGCGCUGCCGACUCUUCAGCCACGUCUCUUGCUCCGUCCUCAGAGAAUCCUUUGCGGCCUGAGACCAGCAAGUCUCCUUCUCCGGAAGAGCGCCGUCUCAAGAAGCGUCGUUAUGUUAUCAAAGAAAUUGUCGACACCGAAUACGAUUUCGGCAAUGACAUGAAGAUUGUUGAGGAUAUCUACAAAGGGACAUCAACCUCUUUGCUGGAUCUUUCUGCUGAAGAUGUCAAGAUUCUUUUCGGCAAUAUUGGAGAAGUAGCAGAUUUUUCCGAUGCCUUCUUGGUCGACCUCAAGCAAGCAGUCAAGCAGGUCUAUGUCAUACCACUGUCCCAACGGUGGAGUAGCAGGCGCAAUCGCAAGAAUGGUCUCGGAAUCGACCGAUCUCCCUCCACAAUCAAUGAAAAUCCCGAGGGUGACAAAUUGUCGGAUCUUGAAAAGGAUCGUGGAACAGCUGUUGGUCGUGUUUUCCUCUCCCACAUGGCUAAAAUGGAAAAGGUGUACACUGAAUACUUGAUGAACCAUGAAGCCGCCACCAAGAAGCUCACGGUUCUAUUGAAGAAUCCAAAGGUGGCCAUCUGGCUGGACGAAUGCCACCGUUUUGCAGGGGAUAUCACUAGAGCCUGGAAUCUCGACGCUUUGCUUGUUAAACCAGUGCAACGAAUCACGAAAUUCCCGCUACUUCUAGGCCAACUUCUGGAAUCCACGCCAAAUGAUCACCCGGACAGAGCCGCAAUUGCCAAGGCAAUGGAACAAACCGCGGGCAUUGCUGACCGUAUCAACGAGCUCAAAAAGCGAGUGGAAAUUGUUGGAGCUGUCGGUCGGAAGCGCAACCAGUCAGAUGUGCGUGCUGGUCUGUCAAAGGCAUUUGGUCGUCGCACGGAGAAGUUCAGACAACAAGUUGGGCUUUCCGAUUUGUUCGAAGAUAAAACUUAUGAUGCUUUGGCGCAGAAACUCGGCGACGGGUACUUCCAGUUGCAGGUGGUCAUGCGUGAUGCGGAGAGCUACACCAAGGAUAUUCAACAGUACAUAGACCAGUUCAGCGAGUAUACUGGUGCCAUUGUCAGCAUGACAUCCAUGGAGCAGUCCAGCUAUCCAGAGCUGGAGAGCAAGUGGCAUCUAUUCAAACUAACAGUUCAGGAAAUCACGACGGAAGCGCUGCCGGCACACCUUGAGGUUGUCCGUAAAUCAGUCAUCGACCCGAUGGUCCAACUGCUUCAGAUUUACGAGGGACCACAGCGAAUCAUGAGAAAGCGAGACAAGCGGCUACCGGAAUAUGCGCGCUACAAAGCCAUCAAUGACCGUGGUGACAAACCAGACAAGAAAACCACCGAACAAGGAGAGCAGUUUGUGGCUUUGAAUGAGACACUCAAAGACGAAUUGCCCAAGCUUUACGCCCUGACUUCAAAGCUGAUGGAAGCCUGUCUCAAAAACUUCAUUCAGAUCCAAACUACUUGGUUUGGUGUGUUGCAGAAAAAGAUUGGAGCCCACGUUGAAGCAUUCCCCAGUGAUCUUCAUAAGCUCAUCACCGACUUCCACUCUGACCACACUCUUAUGGAAGCUCGAAUGUCAGAGCUGAGUUCUUGCAACGGGUCCAUGCUAACCUCGUCACUCAAUCUGGUGCCCAUGUCGCCCUCAAAUGAAACCGGAAUAACCUCUCCUCGCCGGUCUUCAACAAUCAACAGCUCUACCAGACCCGGGUCCAUGACAGAAGAUUCACCCAAGGUGUCUCGUGACUUCAGCAUCGGAAGCCAUCCAUUCCAGUCACCCCAAAUGGAAGGCCAGUCAGUUCGCAGCAGCCGCUACCGCGCUGAUUCCACUUUGUCUGGUCGUGUCGUAUCAGACGGCCCCAGCAAAUUGCUGCAGCAAGUAACCGGCUCCAGCACCCCGGCUCGAACAUCUGAAACAGAGCCCUUCCCAAGCCUGCCCCAGCUCAGCCUGGACACACCUUUCCUGGCAGAUGUGAUCAGCAGCACACACUCAACCGAUGUUCCGUCUUCUCCCGCCGGCCGCUACUCUGGAUUCUUCUCGUCCGCUAUGCCCAUGUCCGAUACGCCCAACGAGCCCCCAGCGGCUCCGAUAAACACCGGCUCUUCCGCGGCACCCGCUGUUCUCUUUUGCGCAGCCAGCCUUUACAAUUUUGAUAUCGACGCCCGCAGCGAGGGUGGAUAUUCAUACUUAACAUACGUCUCUGGCGACGUCUUCGACGUCAUUGGCGAAAAGGGCGAGCUCUGGCUUGCCCGUAACCAGGACGAUGUCACUCACACGGUUGGAUGGAUUUGGAACAAGCAUUUUGCUAAAAUCCGAGACUAG